GACAACCACGUUCCUUUGUGCUCACAUUUGGUUUUAUUGACACCUUAACCACAGCAGCGGGGGCAAAGGCCACAAGGUGUGAGGUUGUGUGAGCAGAGGCAAAGGAACUUAUGUUAGAGAAAAAACCCUCUCUACUGCACAGACUUUCCACAGCCACACGCCCACCCCGAAAGGCCCCUCUCGCCCCAGGAAGUGCGCGGACCGCCGGACGCAUAAAGAGGCUCCUGCAAGCGCGGCUCCUCAGCCUCUCCUCGCCCGGCUCCUCCUCACCCGGCUCCUCCUCGCCCGGCUCCGCACCGCUCAGCCAUGAGACCUCUCCUCCUGGCCCUGCUCGGGGUCUGCCUCCUCUCGGACUUCCUCGUGGAAGGUGUGGGGAGUGAAGUCCUGGAAAAGAGCUUCUGUGUGAGUCUAACGACCAAGAGACUGCCCAUUAAAAACAUCAAGACCUACACUAUCAAGGAGGGCCCCAUGAGAGCAGUAAUCCUUAUUACCAGACGUGGCUUUAAAAUCUGCGCUGACCCACAAGCUGACUGGGUGAAAAAGGCAAUAGAGGGUGUGGACAAGUCUACCAGGAGAAACGUGAAACAGACCAAGCCCACAGGAGCCCAAUAUUCCACCAACACAGCUGUAACCCCGACCGCGUAGUGGCCUUCUGGCCGCUCACGUCACUGGCCAGCCAGCUCGUUUCCCUUUAUAAAACUCCUGGACUAAUUUGAUCAUAUUCACUUUUUAUAAAAGUGCCGUGUGAGCCACCUUACUUUCUUGUAUUGUAUUUUUCAUGUCCUUCUCCACUUAGAUGUUUCAUUAAUAAAUAUUUAUUAU